GCCAGGCGGUUCAACGAAAACCCUUUCGCCAGUCGGUCGUGCAUCUGUCCUCGUCGUCAGUUCCACCGCAGAACUUACAUCCAUUCGUCACCAGAGACCAACGCAGUAGUAUGGUUGGGGACACUGCCAAGCCGGAGACGCGCACGGUGUUCGUGAACAACGACGUCGAGAACGAGCGACUGCGGAUGCAGUUCAAGUACACCAACAACUGGGUCUCCACGUCCAAGUACACCACGUACAACUUUGUGCCCAAAACCAUCCUCGAGUUCUUUCGAGUGGUGGCCAACGGGUACUUCCUGUGCAUUUCAUUGUUGCAGGUGCUCACGGACUGGUCGCCGACCAACCAGUACACAACAGCAGGGCCCCUGCUGAUCGUCUUGAUGGUGUCCAUGAUCAAACAAGCACUAGAAGACAAGAAGCGCCACGACGCUGACGGCAUUCAAAACUGCCGCAUCUGUCACGUGUUGACUACAGACGGAACGAUCCGCGACAAACAGUGGCAAAACGUCGAAGUGGGUGACAUUUUGUUCUUGAAGGACAAGGACGAGAUGCCUGCGGACGUGCUGAUCUUGGCCACGUCGGAAGAAGAAGGGCGGUGCUUUGUGGAGACGUGCAACUUGGACGGGGAGACCAACUUGAAGCGCCGGACAGCGUGCGAACCCAUCGCGAAACGCAUUGGGUUCCGAGCGCUCAACGACCCUGUGAUCGACGAAGCCAAGCACAAGCAAUCGUGUGUGGCGUUUCGAGGGUCGGUCGAAUACGAGCAGCCGAACAACCGGUUGUACAAUUUCACGGGGGUGGUUAAAGCGGAGGCGUUGGCGGAUGCCACGCCCAUCGGUCCGACCAACAUCAUCUUGCGGGGGUGUAGCAUCCGCAGCUGUUCGUACAUCUUUGGCGUCGUGCUGUUUGCAGGCAGAGAGUCAAAGCUCAUGCAAAACGCGCGCGCGACGCCGUCGAAGCAGAGCAACGUGUACAAAGCAGUGAAUCGGUGCAUCAUGCUGAUCUUCCUCACGCAGUUUACACUAUGCGUGAUCAGCACCGUGUCGUUCAACGCGUGGGUGCACCACGCGCUCAAGCUGCACUCGUGGUACCUUCCGUUCAUUCGGGUCGAAGUGAGCGCGUUCUUUACGUUUUUGAUCUUGUACAAUAACUUGGUACCGAUUUCGCUGUACGUGUCCCUGGACAUGGUUAAGGUCGCACAAGCGAAGAACAUUUCGACCGACCCAGAAAUGUGCCACGAAGGUUUUUACGCGAUCGCGCGCACGUCCGACUUGAACGAAGACUUGGGGCAGAUCGAGUACAUUUUCAGCGACAAGACUGGCACAUUGACGCAAAACAUCAUGGAGUUCCGCAAGUGCUCCAUCGGCGGCGUCAUCUAUGGCUACGGGUCGACGGAAAUCGCCAAAGCCGUGGCGAGUUUGGCCAAACAAAACCAACCGCCCACAGAAUCGACCAUAGCGUCGGCGGUGGAAAACGGUCCUGGUCCGGUCGCCGACUUGAAGGACGCGCAGAUCUUCCUCGACAAAACUAUUCACUUUGACGACCCCCGGCUGAUCGCCGAAGCCGCCACGUCAUCCUCUGUUAACGGUGGCCGCAUCCGCGAAUUCCUCACGCUGUUGGCUGUGUGCCACACGGUGAUCCCAGAGACCAACGCCACGACCGGCGUCACAACGUACCGGGCGUCGUCGCCGGACGAAGAAGCCCUGGUGAAGGCGGCACGAUGCCUCGGGUACAAGCUCGUGACCCCGGCGCCGUUUGUCGAGGUGGAAGUCACCCACCAGGGGGCAGUACCAACGAUCGCCGGGUACGCGAUUUUGAACGUGAACGAGUUCAAUUCCACAAGGAAGCGCAUGAGUGUGGUUGUGUCAGCCCCCAACGGCCGCAUUGUCGUGUACUGCAAGGGCGCGGACAACGUGAUUCUCCCCCGAUGCGCCCCCACGGCUAACGACGGCGACCUGGACGAACAUUUGAAGGCGUUUGCGUCUGAGGGCCUGCGCACGCUCGUGCUGGCCAAGCGCGACAUGACCAAAGCCGACUACGAAGCAUGGAACAAAGUGUACCAGGCAGCGGCGACGUCGUUGACUAAUCGGGCCAACCUCUUGGACGCGGCCGCGGAAGCGCUCGAAGUGAACAUGGAUAUUGUCGGUGCCACGGCCAUCGAAGACAAGUUGCAAGUGGGGGUGCCCAACACUAUUCACAGCCUCGCGCAAGCAGGGAUCAAGAUCUGGGUGCUCACUGGAGACAAGGAAGAGACCGCCGUGAACAUUGGCCACGCGUGCCGCCUCUUAAACGACGGCAUGCAGCUGCUGUAUGUGAACCGCGAAGACAUGACAGGGCUCAUGGAACAGCUCGAGUAUUUAUACAACAUGGAGUCCAUCCAAAAGCACUACAAGAGCCGCACAGUGGCUGAAAACAUUGGCAUCGUAUGUGAUGGCAAGUCGCUCGUGCACUUUUUCCCGUCCAAGUCCUUGUCCGCCGACGAAAAGGUCGUGGCGAAGGAACUUCGUCGCAAACUGCUCGUUGUCGCCAGCGUGUGCAAAGCCAUGGUGGCGUGUCGCGUAUCGCCUGCCCAAAAAGCCGACAUUGUCAAUUUGGUUCGAUACAAUUCCCGCAACAAGCCGAUUACGUUGGCCAUUGGCGACGGCGCGAACGACGUCAACAUGAUCCAGUCGGCACAUGUGGGCAUUGGCAUUUGUGGCCAGGAAGGCGUGCAAGCUGUGAACGCCAGCGACUACGCCAUCGCUCAAUUCCGGUACGAAUACGCUUGAUUCUUUGAUUGAUCAUGAUGAACGAUGACGAUGAGUUGACGAUGGCGGUAGGUUCCUUCAACGGCUGCUGUUGGUGCACGGCCGGUCCAACUACAAACGCAUUGCCAAAGUCAUCUUGUACUCGUUCUACAAGAACAUGUCGCUCGUGAUCGUGCUGUUCUUCUACAACUUUUACAACGGGCAGAGUGGCACGUCGCUAUUUGAGAGCUUUGUGAUGGCGGGGUGGAACUUUUUCCUGGCGCUGCCGAUCAUUGCGAUCGGCAUCUUUGACGAAGACGUGAGCCCGGAGCAAGCGAUGGCAUUCCCGGCUUUGUACAAGACUGGCCAGCGCAACGACGACCUGAACGUGUAUCGGUUCUGCUUGUGGAUUGGCAACGCCAUCUUUCACGCAUGCGUGAGCUUUUGGCUGCCGAUUUACAUCGUCGCAGGGUACCCAACCGAAGCGUUCCACUUGCAAGGCACGACCAUCUACACGGGCCUGCUCAUGACCAUGAACUGCAAAGUGAUCAUGGAAACGAUGUCGUGGACGAUGUACAGCCACGGGUUUAUUGUGUUUUCGCUCUUGCUUUUCUUCUUCUUCCUCGGUGUAUACCCCCUGUUUACGUUUCUGAGCUGGGACAUGGUUGGCAUCACCCCCGUCCUACUUUCGUCGGGCAUCUAUUGGGCUGUGUUCUUCCUUGUGCCCGUGGCCAACUUCCUCGUCGACUUGCCGUUGAAAUUCUGGAUGAAGUUUUACUGCCCCACGGACGCAGACAUUUUGCGCGAGCGGUAUGUGCUUAAGCGACUACGAGCCAAAGUAUCGUGUGGUGUAUCCGAAGCGGCCAAGACGCAAGGGAUGCACGAGCCGGUCGACGACCGCAGAGGGUCUGUGGGGCGAACGCCGGACCAACUCAUCGCGGACAAGAAGGCCGGGGUGCGCAACUUGACUGACGUCAUGUACACCGGGUUUGCAUACACGUCGGCCGAGUCCGUCGGUCGCGGCUUGGGCGCACGUGACAUUGCGUCUCUGCGCGUGGAUCAGUUCCAGCAGACGGGAAAGACGGAUGUCAUUACAGAGAUGCGGCUACACAGCGCCGGCCAUUUUGUGCCGCCACCGGGGGUCAUAGCAGACGAGUCGGAUGGGGAGUGAGCGCAAGACAUUUCCACGCCGUGAUAUGCCUAUUUAUUCGAGUGACGACCCCUUAGAUAUGCUUCAUAAUAAUAACUACUCCG